AUGAAAGCUUUACAGUAUGAAGUAGAUGUUAAAAUUCAUAAAAAUGGAACACCUCAGGAAUCCCACUGCGAAUGUCCAGCUGGAAGUGGCAUAGAGGCAAAGUGCAAGCAUGUUGCUGUGCUUUUAACUGGAAUUGAACACAUGGUGUGUCACAAAAUUAUAUUACUGCAUCAAGUUAGCACACAAAGGUUGCAGACAUUUCAUGUGCCCAAAACUCCAUUUACAGCCUCUCCUAUAGCUGCACACAAGUUGCCUAAGAAAAAGAAUAGUAAAAGAUUUAGUCCGUACCCUAUUCACACGAUUGACAAAGAGAGCUACAACAAUAAAAUUCAUAAUUUAAUUUUAAAUUAUCCAAAUUCUACAAUGCCUCUUAAACAUUUAUAUGAACCAGCAAAUCCCUAUGCCAUUAUAGCAGAUCAUGCCUACACAUCUUCCAACCCUGAAGAUAAAAUUUUAUGCUAUUAA